AUGAUUGUCCAUCCAGAUAUGUUGAAGACCGCUCCUACGGCAUCCACCUCGGUCGCUCCCAUCCCCACCGUCAUCCCAACUCCUCCUAUCUUCGUUGAGGCUGGUGAUGUCGGCAAGAGGACUCUGUGGGUGGUGGUCGUGCUGAUGGCCCUGUCUUCCCUUGCCUUCUAUGGCAUGGCUUUCCGGGUCCCGGUGCAAAAACGCCUCUUCCACAUCCUGACCUCGUUCAUUACGACUAUUGCCUUCCUGUCCUACUUUGCUAUGGCCACCGGUGAUGGCACCUCAUGGGUCUCGUACACUGUGACAGAACACCACAAGAAAGUCCCAAACACCCAUCAGGAAUACCGUCGUGAUGUCUAUUGGGCGAGAUAUGUUGACUGGAGCAUCACAACCCCUCUCCUGCUUCUCGACCUCGCCCUUCUUGCGGGCCUCAGCGGCGCCAAUAUUCUGGUUGCCAUCUUUGCUGAUGUCGUUAUGGUGCUUGCGGGACUUUUCGCAGCCUUUGGCCAGGCCCAUGACAGCCAAAAAUGGGGCUGGUUCGCUUGGGCCUGCAUUGCCUUCCUCGUGAUUGUUUAUCAACUUGCUGCUAAUGGUCGUGAGGCUGUUGCCAGCAAGGACAGCAAGACCAAGGCGUUCUAUGCUUCCAUUGCCGGUUACACCCUCAUUGUGUGGCUACUCUAUCCAAUCAUCUGGGGUCUUGCGGAAGGAGGCCACGUCAUUGAUGUCGACUCCGAGAUCAUUGCUUACGCAGUCCUCGACAUUCUUGCGAAGCCGGUCUUUGGUUUCUGGCUUCUGUUUACCCACGACAGCAUGUCAAGCACCUCCCCGUCCCUCGAAGGAUUCUGGUCUCAAGGCUUUGGCAGCCAAGGCACUCUCCGAGUUGGUGACGACAGUGAAGCUUAA